AUGGAGCGAAAUGAGUUAUCAGUCUGCAACCCGAAUCCUCAACACCUUUCUGGGCCGAAAUUGUUGCAUCAUCUGGUCACUCCUCCCAAUGCAGCAACAGCAAUAGAGUUCUUGUCUGGAAAUGAACAAACAUCACUUUCCUACAAGGAAUUGCAUGAUGCUUCUGACCGUCUUUGCGACCUUAUGGGAGCUCUAAUUGCAGAAUCCGGAGAUAUUGACAAGGACACAGUCAUCCCCGUGUUAAUACCUCAAUCUCACCAUCUAUACAUUUCUCUUCUGGCGAUACUCAAAGCCGGGGGGGCCUUUUGUCCCCUGAACACUGAUGCGCCUCCCGAGCGAGUCAAGUUUAUCCUGAAAGACGUGUCCGCCAACAUUGUGCUCGUAACACAAGAGCUUGCCCACAAGAUACCACCAGAGUGCGAUGUCACCGUCAUUCCAGUGGACACGCAAAGCUUCGGAUUCGUAUCCAAAAGAGAGUCACUUUUCACAUUAGACUCAGAUCGAUUGGCCUAUGUUAUGUACACAUCAGGGUCUACUGGUACCCCCAAAGGCGUGGGCAUAACCCACAGCGCGGCAACACAAGCGCUGUUAGCUCACGAUAGACAUAUUCCCGAGUUCAAACGAUUUCUCCAAUUUGCGGCACCUACUUUUGAUGUGUCUGUCUUCGAGAUAUUCUUUGCUCUCUUCAGAGGCAGUACCCUUAUUUGCAUAAACAGGGAAGAGAUGCUCGAUGACCUCCCUAAAGCCAUGCGCCAAAUGGACGUUGAUGCUUGUGAAUUGACUCCAACAGUUGCGGCAAGUUUGUUGAAGAGGAGGGAAGCCGUGCCAAGACUCAAGCUGCUCAUGACUAUAGGCGAAAUGCUUAAAAUGCCUGUCGUACAAGAGUUUGGAGGGAGUAACACACGUGAGAGCUUGUUAUGGGCCAUGUAUGGGCCUACCGAAGCUACUAUUCACUGCACCUUGCAAACUUGCCUCCAAUCUGAGUCGUCCCCCGGGAGCAUUGGGGUGCCGCUUGACACCGUGUCUUGCUUCGUCAUUGAGCCUGCAGAAUCUGCAGAUGAUGCUCGAAGCUUCAAUCUUCUCCCCAAAGGUGUAGCGGGAGAGCUUGCCGUAGGCGGUUUUCAACUAGCUCGAGGCUACAUCAACAGACCGGAGCAAACCUUGUCCGUCUUCAUUGACUCUCCCUACGGAAGAGUCUAUCGCACCGGCGAUAAAGCAGUCAUGAGUCCUGAUGGCGCUCUUGAGUGCCUUGGUCGAUUGUCAGAUGGUCAAGUGAAACUUCGUGGGCAGCGUAUCGAGCUUGCAGAAAUCGAGCAUGCUGCGCUGAGGACUCCGGGAUGCCAUGGUGCUAGCGCUUCAGUGAUUGACUCCCAAUUGGUGCUCUUUUGCUCGGUGGAAAAAGCCGUGAAUGAGGACGAUAUCCUGUCGAGCUGCAAAUCGUGGCUAUCUCAAUACAUGGUACCAAGCGAACUAGUGACUAUGAGGGAAUUUCCUCGACUGCCUAGUGGCAAAGUUGAUACCAAACGGCUAAAAAACGACUUUUUGCAGCAAAAGAUGAUCAAGAAUGUGGCCCCGAGUGUCUUGAAUGAGCCCAUAGCCCUGGAGAAAGCAGUAUUGGACGUCGUUUGGCAGACACUGCAUCGGUCGGUCAACCUCGCGUCUACAUUGACAUCUGUCGGUCUGGAUUCUUUAUCGGCAAUAAGAUUGGUUGCUGCGCUUCGGCAGAUAGGCUACGAAAUUUCUGUUGCGAGCUUGUUGAAAUGCCGGACAUUGGCUGAUGUAUGCACCAGUUUGCAGAAGCCUCUUGAGAGCUUAUUUCUACGCAAAGACACGCAUGCCCCUUUACUUGAAUCGAGAUCAGUAUCUGAGCUGCAUCCGUUACUACCUGGACUAAGCCACUUAGUUGAAAAUUGGAUGGGAUGCACGCCUUUGCAGUCUGCUAUGUUGGCUCAAACGGAAUACAAUCCGGAGCAUUAUUGCAAUGAAGUUCUUUUCGAUGUUCCAUUCAACACAACUCCACAAGCGCUAUUCGAGGCCUUUGAAACAGUCAUACAGUCCAACGAGAUUCUAAGAACAGGCUUUGUCCACUGGGAAGGACAAUAUACCUCCGUGUUGUUCUCGCAGCCCCUUGAUGGGCAAAUUACAGUGCACAAAGGGAGUCACUAUGGAUUGAAGUUCCAAGCUCCGGACGACCUUUUACGGCCAUUUCGUGUUCACAUAAUAGACCACGAAGAGGAUAUCUCGCCGGGCAUUCUCGUUUAUGCACACCAUUCGAUCUACGACGGGUGGUCAAUGGACAUGAUUAUUGCGGAUGUCUCGUGCAUCGUGAAGGGGGAAGUCCCGGCACUUCGACCACAGUUCAAGGAGGUCCUUGAUUUCCAAACUCAAGUCGCGAAAGAACCCGGAGACGAGUCCAGAGCAUUCUGGACAAGUAACCUUCUUGGUUGGAACAAAAUUCCUUUCCCCAAACUUGUUGGUCAACCGCAGCCUGACGAGAUUUUGUCAAAAGAAGCCUUUUUCAGAUUGUCCCCAGACAUUGUUCAAAGUAUGGCCUUGUCAUAUGAAAUAAGUACUCAGGUUAUAUUUCAGGCGGCCCUGGGGAUGACAUGGCAAAGGGUGGUCGGAAACCCGGACAUCUUACUUGGUUCCGUUGUCUCGACGCGGACUAUUCCCGUCGAUGGCAUUGAGCGUAUCAUUGGUCCUUGCGUUGCGGCAAUGCCGUUGAGAAUCGACACGAGUAACAUGGACGCGAACGUCGAUGUUCUUAAGACUAUUCAAGCCCAAAACCGUGCCAUUAUGGAGCACUGCAACCUUCCAUUAGCUGAAAUUUGCAAACUCGCAGGUCUUACACCUUCGGAGGCAAUAUAUGAUGUCUUGUUCGUAUAUCAGCAGUCCCUGUAUGAAUGGGAAGUGCAAAACAGCGUUUUCAAGCAUAUCAGACAUAUAGAUAGGCUCGAUACGAAGCUUUUGGUUGAAGUUGAGCCGAGGAAUGACGGAUACGCACUGCAAUUGACGUAUCACUCCUCGGUCAUAUCUGAGGAAUUUGUCGCCCUCUUGGUCGAACAGAUGCAAGAGAUGUGCGAAAUAAUUCUUGCCGAGCCUGAGGGACCACUCAUAUCACCAAGACAUCUUCAAGGGCUGGAAAUGUCGAUCUACAGCGAAACAACAACAAUUGAUAACGAACCAGAUGACGUUGCAGCUCUAUUCAAGACGUCACUGAUGCGGAACCCUCAUGCGGAAGCCAUAAGGUUUGUCGCAUACGCAGCAGAUGGAGAAUUAAAAGAGUCAAAACUAUCCUAUUCACAGUUGAGCAUCAUUGCAAACCAAACAGCUCAUUAUAUCCGCGACUCUGGAGCCCAAGUAGGUGAUGUUAUUGCCAUCAUGAUGAAAAAGUCUACCACUUUAUACACCUCGAUUUUGGGUAUAAUAAAUGCAGGCUGUGCUUACUUGCCUAUCUUGCCAACGACACCGGCGGACCGAGUGCGAGAAAUACUUCGACAAUCGAAUGCUAAGUAUUGUCUUGUCGAAGACGAUGCGGCUCGGUUUCCCAGAAUGAACGCUGUUCUAAAUAUGAAUACUGUAUCACUUCACAGUCUGCCCUCAGGCCCCCCAUUCGUUCGGCCAGAUCCUGAUCGUCUUGCGUACGUCAUCUUCACCUCUGGGACCACGGGGAUACCGAAGGGCGUUGCGGUGUCUCAAAGAAACCUCGCUACUAACAUCACCCAUCUGAACACUGUCUAUCCAAAAUCAUCGAUGCACUCCCGGCUCCUGCAAGCAUGCUCUCACGCUUUUGACGUGUCAGUUUUCGAGAUAUUUUACGCAUGGUAUGCCGGAAUGAGUCUAUGCGCUGCAGAAGAUGAUGUCAUCUUCGGAGAUCUGGAACACUGGAUCAGAGAGCUGCAAAUCACACACCUCAGCUUGACCCCUACUGUCGCCUCUCUAAUAAAUCCCCGAAAUGUACCCCAAGUAGAGUUUCUCGUUACUGCUGGAGAGCCCAUGACCAUGUCUGUACUUGAGAAAUGGGGAAGCUUACUAUUUCAAGGCUACGGUCCGUCAGAAACGACAAAUAUAUGCAGUGUCAAAAGGAUGACCAAAGGCGACAAUAUCGAACAUCUCGGCUGGGUUUUCCCCAACACAUCCGUCUUCGUCAUGGUACCGGACGGCCUGGAUCCAGUUCCACGUGGCUGGGUCGGCGAGUUUUGCUUUGGUGGCAGUCAAGUCUCCAGGGGCUAUCUGAACAAUAAAGACCUUACAGCCCAGAAGUUUAUUGAGCAUCCAGCCUUUGGGAGAAUCUACAGAUCUGGAGAUUUGGGUCGAAUGCUCCCUGACGGAUCUUUGAUCAUUAUAGGCCGACUCGACGACCAACUUAAGCUUCGCGGUCAGCGAAUCGAGGCCCAGGAAAUCAAUAGCAUUUUGACAAGCGAAACGUCGGCGACUACCGCAGUAACAAUACUGGUGCGGAGCAGGUCUGGUCGGUCAGAUCAGUUGGCUACCUUCUACAAGCCGUGUGUCUCUGCCUCGUCCUCAAACCCGCUCGACGUAACGAGGAGUGGCAACCAAAUGCUUUUUGCUACUCUCAAAGCGAAAUUGCCGACUUACAUGGUGCCUUCUUAUCUUAUUCCGAUACCAUACGUCCCAAUGACAUCUAGUGGGAAGGUGGACAGACGACACUUGGUUCAUUGGUUCGAGAGCCUUUCAACUGCGUAUCUGGAGGACGCAUCUCCAGCGCCGAGUCAACUUGACGUUGCUGAUAGCUGGACUGACAUUGAGUCAAGGAUUGCGACAGCCAUAUCCGAGUCAAUGCAUGUUUCCCUUGAUGAGAUUGGACGAUGGACACCCUUCCUGACUUUAGGGGUCGACUCGAUUUCUGCGAUCGGGCUGGCCAAGUCACUGAGAAGGCAUUUAGAUUCUCAAGUUGCAAUAUCAGCAAUUUUACAGAAUCCUACUAUUGCUCAACUUGGUAGCUUCCUAGCUGGACAUGAUGGUAAUGAUCUUACUGAAUUGUCUAGCAAGAUGCAAACGUUAUUGAGAAAUUUUGAAAGAGAAGUUGGGAAUUCUAUAGCCCACAAGAUACAAGAUGUGGAAGCUAUUUUACCAUGUAUGCCCUUGCAAGAAGCAAUGUUGCUACAAGGUCAGGAGAGUUACUACAACAGAAUACUCCUCAGGCUACAUGUAAUGCCCGGAGACAUGAAGCUUUAUUGGAGACAAAUGUCGGAGAGACAUGGUAUUCUGAGGACUUGUUUUGUCACUACGACUGACCCGAGGCAUCCUAUCGCUCAAGUGGUCUUGCGCAACUGGGAUCUUCCGUGGAGAGCAUUCGAAGUCACCGUGCCAUCUCUCGAAGGGGCGAGCCGGCAGCAUCUCGAUUCGCUUCCUGACGUUUUGGAUUCCAUGAUACCUCCAUGCUCUCUAGGGCUCAUUCGAUACAAGGGGUCGAAUUUCUUGUCUUUUGUAUGUCACCAUGCUUUGUACGAUGGCAUAGCAAUGGGAAACCUAUGGGGAGAGAUUGAAGCAUUGGCUCACGGAUGUCAACUGCAAGACCCUGUAUCCUAUCUGCCUUUCCUCCAACAGGCCCUCUCGUUGCCAUCAGACGUGGAGUCCUUUUGGCAAGAGCAAUUCCAUGGAUUCCGGCCACUAGCGACCUUUGGACGAUCAGCACGAUCAAGUUUCAAUCAAAGCACAAACACUGCAUCCAUUGAUAUGAGUUUCAAAGAUGUACAGCAAAGAAUUAGAUCCAUGGGAUUGUCACUACUAUCACUUUGCCAGGCCUCGUGGGCCGCAGUUCUGGCGUGUGUCUUUGACGACCCAGACGUUUCUUUCGGAAAUGUUGUGAGCGGUCGUACGCUUGACGUUCACGGACUUCACAAGUUGAUUGCACCUUGCUUCAAUACAAUCCCCAUCCGCUUAGACACUUCAAGGAGUGCGAGAAAUAUCGACUUAGCCAAAGCUUCUCAAGAGCUUAAUUCAAAGCUGUUGCCUUAUCAAUUCUCCCCCCUGAAGCUUAUACAAAGAGUUGUCGGAGGCAAAAGUCGACAUCUAUUUCAUACUCUAUUACUCUUACAGCAGCCUCUGAAAGAGAUGGACAAGAAUAUAUGGACCCUUGAAGAGGAUACUGGCGUCAUGGAUAUUCCCAUUGUUUGCGAAGUUAUACCCUGCCCAAAUUUGAAUUCUAUCGUCGUUAACUUGCACUUCGAUAUGAAUUUGAUCACAGCUGAGCUCGCGUCAGUGUUCACGGACAUGUUCAAGUUUAUGUUACGAUCCAUGGUCUUGUCACCUUUCGGGCCGGUCCCAAGUCGAACGACCAUCCCGAGCCACCUUUCGCAGGGCCUAUUAGGUCUUGUGCUCAAGAGAGAGAGGUGUGAACUUGACUCGAUCGAGACAACCAGCAGCCAAUGGUCGAGCCUUGAAAUCAAGAUACGAAAAGUCAUCGCCAACAUUUCACGAGUGCCAGAAGCUACCAUCCGCAGGGAAACAACCAUCUUUCAAGUUGGGCUGGACAGCAUUAAUGCAGUUCAAGUUGCAUCAGCACUACGAGCUCAAAAUCUGCUUGUAUCUUCAUCUGAUGUCAUAGAGUGUUCUAGCUGCAGCAAACUAUCAUUCAGGAUACAGCAAAACUCAGAAGAUUCGAAGCAAAAGGAUAUCCGUACAGACUUCUCCUCGUUCCAGAGCCAAGUAAGCAAGGACGUUUUGGAGAAACUGUGCUGUCCCGCAGAAAUUGAAGCCAUUCUCCCAUGCACCCCCGUGCAAAAUGCUAUGCUAGUGGCUUUUGUGCAAUCAGGCGAAGCAGACUACGUCAAUUCACUUUCUUUCAAGAUACGUGAUACGGUGGACCUCGAUUCCCUUGUUGCCGCAUGGAAGCUACUUCAUCGUCGCCACCCGAUGUUACGCACUGGAUUUGUGCCCGUUUCACAUUCAGACAGCACGUUCGCAAUGGUCAGAGAAAAGUCCGCUCAUCUGUCACAUCCUAUUACAUUAUUAUAUGGACGGCCUUUUGCUUUGAGUGGUUGGAUAUCGGAGUGCAAGUUGUCCAUGCUUGCAAACCUCCAUGUCUCACCUUGGAAGGUGGCCUUGGUGAAGACCAAUUCGCAGAUGCUCAUGCAUGUUGUUAUACAUCACGCACUCUACGAUGCGCAGUCUCUAGAUGAUCUGCUCAAAGGCCUUUCAAGCCUCCUCCUAGGCAUACCAUGCACUUUCCCGAGCAUUGAGCCCGCACUAGCGGAUGUGUUGUCGAAAGCAAAACUCGAAAAGUCAGAAGCCAAGAUAUUCUGGGAGGCGCAGGCGGCGAGAGUAGUUGUCAACAAAUUUCCAAUAAUGACGUCGCUACGAGAGCCAGUUGGAAGACUUGCCUUUAACGAAUGCGCUUCUUCGAUGGCCGUCGAAGAGAUGAGACAGGCCGCCCAAGCACUGGGCGUAUCAAUACAAGCUGUGCUACAAGCAGGCUGGGCGCGUAUAUUAGCAUCUUAUCUAGGUGAACACUCCGUUGUAUUCGGUGUCGUACUGGCCGGAAGAACAUCAGACGAAACCGCCCGCAACCCGUUCCCAUGUCUAGUCACGGUUCCGGUCGUGACAAAGGCAGAAGACUCCAACAUGGGGCUGCUGCAGAGUAUGAUGAAGUACAAUUCUGACCUAUAUAGACAUCAGUUUAAGCCUUUAGCAGAGGUUCAGAAAUGGCUAGGCCAUCCCGCCUCACCAAUUUUUGAUACCAUCUUGGUCUAUCAAAAAUCAGGUGGCCCUCACCUGAACACAGGACAUUGGAAAUUGAUAGAGGACCACCCGUCUGUUGAGUAUUCAGUCUCACUAGAAGUCGAACCACGUGAAGAUGGCCAACUUCGUCUUCGACUUACGACCAGAUCCGACGUCGUACCACAUGCGCAAGCGGAAGUGAUGCUUCAGCAAUUCGACGCCGUGUUGAUUCAUUUGUUGCAACGGCCAAACGAGACGCACAAUGAGCUUUACAAAUAUCAGAAAAGCCUGUUCUCGAUAACCGCCCCCAGUGUUGCUGUAAUGGAUGCGCCGGUGGAGUUUCUACAUCAGUUUGUUGAGAGGAACGCUGAGUUGCAGCCUCACUUCCCAGCUCUGGAAUUUGUUUCCGAUUUCAACGGCACACCUACUUCAACAAGAACGUGGACUUACAAGCAACUAGAUGACCUUGGAAAUAGGGUUGCUCAUCUGUUGUCCAGAGUUGUUCAUGUGGGAGACAUUGUAGCUGUUCACUUCCUCAAGUGUCCCGAAGCCUACGUCUCGAUACUGGGCAUUCUCAAAGCUGGCUGCUCCUUUGUGGCUCUUGACCCCGAUGCCCCCAAGGCACGGAAGGAGUUCAUUCUUGAUGAUUCAAAGGCUGUAUGCCUGUUAACGGAUGAGAACUCUAGCCUGCUGUUUGCCCUUGAGAUACCUGUCAUCGCUGUUGAUGAGGAGAGCCUCGGGUCAUAUCCAGCCAGCCCGAUGGGCCAUGACAGAAUGUUUACACCACAAACCACUUGCUAUUGUCUAUACACAUCAGGAACCACUGGAACUCCCAAGGGAUGCGAAAUUACCCACGAAAACGCUGUUCAAGCCAUGAUGGCAUUCCAACACCUCUUCCAGGGCCACUGGCAGAAGGACUCCAGAUGGCUUCAAUUUGCAGCACUACAUUUCGACGUUUCUGUGCUUGAGCAAUAUUGGAGUUGGUCUGUUGGUAUUACGGUUGUUGCCGCACCAAAAGACAUGGUACUUGAUGAUCUCACCGGAUCAAUUGGCAAGAUGGCAAUUACACACAUAGACCUGACGCCCAGCCUGGCGCGGCUAACUCACCCAGAUCAGCUUCCGAGCCUAUGCAAGGGUGUCUUUAUCACUGGCGGAGAGCAGCUAAACCAAGAAAUCUUGGACGCCUGGGGACCCAAAGCGGUGAUUUACAAUGCCUACGGACCAACGGAGGCCACGAUAGGCGUCACAAUGUAUCAACGAGUCCCAGUUAAUGGCAGGCCAAGCAAUAUUGGAAAACAGUUCCCGAAUGUAGGGUCGUACGUAUUUCGGCCAGGUACUGAUAUUCCGGUACUGAGAGGGGGCGUAGGGGAGUUGUGCGUAUCAGGAAAGCUGGUUGGCAAAGGUUAUCUCAAUCGGCCGCAGUUGACUGACGAGAGAUUUCCAAAGCUUUCAGAAUUCAACGAGCGAAUUUAUCGAACGGGAGAUCUCGUGAGGGUUCUUCACGACGGAUGCUUUGACUUCCUUGGCAGAGCUGAUGAUCAAGUCAAACUACGGGGACAGCGCCUGGAGAUUGGCGAGAUAAAUCACGUCAUUCGGAACAAUACUUCUGGUGUCAAAGAUGCUACCACUCUCGUCAUACGCCACGGAAGCAAGGAUAUCUUGGUCGCAUUUCUGGUUGGGGAUGACGAGAGGAUGUCUGACGUCUCCCUCGUGCCCGAUAGAAACGAAUUGGGUGCCAAAGGGCGGGCAGCGUGCCUCGAUCGUUUGCCUGGGUACAUGAUUCCAACAUAUUUUAUUAGACUGUCGCAUAUCCCACUGUCGCCAAACAACAAGGUCGAGGCCAAAGAACUGAAAAUGCUGUUCCAAAACCUCCCCUCGGACGAGCUAGUAAAUCUCACUGGACGAGCCACGGCAACCUCAAGUAGCACGAUAGAUGCAACUGUUAUGGAACGUCUUACUAGGGCGCUUGCUGAUUUCAGCGGCCAGUCUACAUCUGCAAUAUCCGAGACAACAAGUAUAUUUGAUCUUGGAGUUGACUCCAUUUCUGCCCUGCAGCUCUCGACAAUACUGAAGAGCGGCGGAUUUCCGAUGAGCACACCUGCCAAGAUAUUGCGCAGUCCUAUUGUGUCAGAUCUGGCCCGAUCACUUGCCAGCAGGAAUACGUCGACCGAAGUACUUGAUGGAACCAAGAAUAUCAAGCAAUUCUUACGAGCGUUUCAGCAGCGGUACCGAGCUCCCGUCUGCCGCCAUCUGCGGGUGAAAACCGCCGACAUAGAAUACAUCGCGCCGUGUUCUCCCCUCCAAGAAGGAAUGAUAUCGGCCGCCGUCGCAGAAGGAGGCCCCAGCAUGUAUUUCAACUGUUUUGAUUUGCACGUCAACAAUCAUGUUCCAAUGGGCGAGGUGCGACAAGCUUGGGAGGCAACCAUUCGGGACCAUUCGAUAUUGAGAUCGGUUUUCAUGAAAUCAACUGAUGGGUAUCUUCAAGUCUCCCUCCACGAAAUCAAUGACGUAUGGCAGAGCUUGGUCGUUGGUGACGAUGGAGAUAUCGACGACGUCUUGGAGCAGGCAAAGUUGAGCUGGAUCCAAGAUAAUGCCUUGCAUAUUCUAUCUCCUUUGAAGUUCAUCCAGGUAAAUGGACCUGGCAGGCAAGCGCUUCGACUCUUCAUCUUCCAUGGGAUUUAUGAUGGAAACAGUUUCAACCUCAUGAACGAAUAUGCGUCAUCCGUAUGUCUAUCAAGGAAGCCACCGGCUGGACCUAGCUUUUAUGACGUGUUGUCCUUCGGCCUCCUGCGCAAUUUCGACUACUGCAAGCCAUUUUGGACCAAGCACUUGAAACGUUGGCAGCGGUGUGAAAUUCCCAAGCUGCCGCCGGCCAUCGCCCAGAACGGAGAUAUUGUGUCCUCUUCCAGACGCCUCACAAUCACACGGUUGGAUGAUCUCCGUCGCCAGCAAAACGUCACCCUCCAGACAAUCAUUUUAUCCGUCUGGACGAUCGUGCUCCAAACGCACAUCGCCAAACCACUUACAAUCGGCAUAAUCAUAGCUGGAAGAUCGCUGGACUUGCCGAACGUCGAGAAUACCGUGGGCCCUUUGUUCAACACCAUUCCGUUUUUCAACGUGACCCUGAACGGCCUCUCCUGGGAGGCGUUGGUACAAAUGUGUCACCAGUUCAACACCGAUAUUCUUUCCUUCCAGCAUGUGCCACUCCGUGAUAUCCAGAAAUGGUGCUCAAAUGGUCAACCGUUGUUCGAUAAUCUCUUCUCUUUUCAACUGGAGAAGUUAGAACCUAAUAUUGAAGCUUUACCGUGGGCCAUAACCGACAAUGAGGCCAUUAGUCUCGACUAUUCGUUAGUGUUCGAGGCAACUCGAACAAGUGAUGGCCAUCUCAGCCUUCAUCUGGUUGCUCGCCCAGAUAUUGCGGGGAGGGAUACAUUGCAGAAAAUGUUGGACCAUUUUGAACAAAUCGUGUCGACAAUCAAGUCUAGUACGGUAAUUUCUCAGUCGCCACAUGGUACUGUCAGCUUUCCCGUCGAUGCCAAGCCGGCACCUGUCGGUCCCAACGAUUCCGUGCCAGAGAAACUCGGCUGGACACCAGUUGAAGCGGCGAUCAGGGACGAAUUCUGCAUGUUUGUUAAUAUUCCAGCAGAAGACACGUCUCCUGCAACUUCAAUACUGGACUUGGGGAUAGACAGUAUUGAUUCCAUCAAAAUCUCCGCCAGACUUGGAAAGAGAAAUAUAGAACUGUCUGCAUCUCAGAUCAUGCGCCACCAGACAAUUUCAGCGAUUGCUGCCGCUGCUUUAACUCCAGGAUCAGACGGGGUCCCAGGAAUCCCAGUCGAUACAAGAAAGACAGAGAUGUAUUCUAACCUACGUUCAUACGUUCAGGGUCAAGGGGUUGAUAUGAACAAUGUUGAAAUCGUGCUUCCGCCAACUGCUCUUCAAGAGUCCAUGAUUGCAGCUAUGAUACAAUCAGAUUUCCAAUGGUACUUCAAUCACGACAUCAUGGAGUUGGACAAAACAGUGAACCUCAACAAGCUGAGAGAUGCCUGGAUGGAACUGAUCGAUUCAUCGCCAAUACUCCGUACUGCUUUUAUCGAAAUCGAUGACCAUCAUCUGGACAUGGCCUACUGCCAAGUCGUGUAUAAGCUAGCCACCGUGCCUGUCGCUAUCUGUGAACUUUCCAACACCUCAAGCAUGCAGAGCUUGAUUGAGACGGCGACAAAGACUGCGAUUCAGGGUGAAGCGCGAAGUAACCUUGUUCAAGUUUCCCUCGUUUCCACAGACAGCCAAAAUUACAUGGUUCUUUCCAUGGCGCAUGCUCUCUACGAUGGCUGGUCAUUGGCUCUCUUGUACGAUGAUCUAGCAAAGGCAUACCAGUCCAAACUCAAGCCACGAAGAUACUCAGAAGUCCUUAUGUCUCGGCGUCCUCUACAUGGAUAUGGUGAUUUGAAAGGCUUCUGGGAAACAUAUUUGGCGAACGCCAGCCCGACUGUAUUCAAGUCGGACCAUCCUUCCGCCGGACCCAGUCCCGGUGGCGUCAUCAGGAGCGAACGAUUGUCAUCAAAUUCGCUGACUGAAAUCAGCGAAUUUUGCAGGAAGACCUCAAUCAGCCUCCAGGCAUUGUGCACGGCUUGCUGGGCAGCAGUUACUGCGCAUUUUCUGCGGUCGCUGGACACGGUGUUUGGAAUCGUCCUGUCGGGCAGAGAUUUUGAAGGUGCUGAUGAGCUGGUAUUCCCAUGCAUGAACACUGUCGCAGUCCGUUCGAUUAUACACGCGAGCGUAUCCGGAUUUCUCAGGUACAUGGAGGCCAAUGUUGCAGAUGUACGUGAUCACCAAGGAUUUUCACUUCGAAAGGCACAAGCAGCCGCAGGGCUUGGACGCAGAGAGCUGUUCAAUUCCCUCUUCAUUUUACAAAAGGCGCCCAACAUCGACUCUUGGGGCUCAAUUUGGAGGUCCAUAGGCGGUGUAUCUGCGGUCGAGUAUCCCGUCUGUGUCGAAGCAGAGCCCAUACAGGACCAGCUUCGCUGGCGCAUCGCCUGCAAAUCAGACAUCGUCUCACAACUCGACACAGAGGGCCUGUUGCACAACUUGAGUCAAGUCUUGAGUUUCUUCUUGGCCUUCCCCGAGUCCGAAGUGCUUUCAUUUCAAGGUGGCUUCGUAUCUAUCUGCGCAUUGCCUCAGGUAGUCACAGAGGAGCGUCCAGCUACCGACCAAGCGGAUGUCAAAUCUGACAAUAGUGCGGAUGAUGCAUUUGAGUGCAAUGAAACUGCUUUGCUCAUCCGCCAGAUCCUAUCAGACGCUUCGUCCCUGCCUACCGAGUCAAUCUUUCCCACCUCCACACUCUAUCACCUCGGUCUAGACUCUAUUAGCGCCAUCAAGGUCUCUCUGAUGCUAAGAAAGGUCCAAAUCGACCUCAAGCCACGCCAUCUCAUUCGAGCUGAUAGCGUCAUGGAAAUCGUCCGGCUGGCGGAGCAAGGCCAUCGCUGUCAACGCGAGGGAUCUUUUGAUGCUCUGCAGUGGAAGCCUCCUGCGUCUGUUUCUCAAAAUGGUCUGCUCAACCCACACAAUAUCCUGGAACAAGAUGUCGAAGUCGUCAUACCUGCCACUCCCAUGCAAGUCUAUAUGCUGAGUACAUGGCAAAACUCCAACGCCUCAGUGUUCUAUCCUGAGUUUUCUCACGAGGUUACCGGGGACUAUACACAUGAGCAACUUGUGUCAGCAUGGGAUCGAGUUUGGAGACGCACCCCAAUUUUGCGCUCUCGUUUCGUGUCCACUGGAGACAAAGAAUUACCGUGGAUUCAAGUCAUUUUGAAGCCCGACCCUAAUCACUCGGAGCACACGUCUCAGCCGCUGUGGCAUUUCUCCGUCUUCAGAGUCGGAGACGGAGCCCCUUGGCUGCUGCGACUGAGCAUCCACCACUCUUUAUACGAUGGCUUCAGCUUGCCCAAACUCAUGGAGCUCUUCUACCAAGAGAUACACAACACUGCAGAAAGAACCACGUUCCACACGGCGGAUGUCGCAGUCUGGCAAAAUUUUACCAUCGAACCGACGCUUACAGCAAGCGUCGAUUCCAGAAGGAAAUUUUGGUCGGAAUACUUGGCCGGAUGUUCAACAUCACCAGGUCCCCCAAUACCAUUUUCCAGCGAACGAGUGUCAUAUAUACGACACCAAGCCAUCCCCAACAUCAAAGAAUUGCAGCAACUCACAUCAUCACACGGCACGAGCUUGCAGGCGCUUUUCUUGGCAGCCUACGCCAAGACCUUGAGUGCCAACGUUGGAGCCCGAGACAUUCCACGAUCGGUGCUCUUCGGCAUUUAUCUAGCCAACAGAGACGGGGAGACGGACAGAUUGGAUCCAACGUAUCCAACAAUGAAUCUUGUCCCGCUUCGCGUGCAAGUCGCGCCAGGGAACAAUUUGGUCCAGAUAGCUGCUGCGAUCCUCAAGGACUUGCGGCUCAUUCAAUCCGACGCCAGAGCGACUGUUGGACUUUGGGAAAUCUACAACUGGACAGGCAUCCGGAUUCGAAAGUUUGUUAAUUUUCUUUCACUCUUGGACGACGACGCAGACCCAGACAAGCCCGGUCUCACGAGAAAGAUGACGGAGGACAGACUAUCUGCAAACGGUUCCGAGCUUCUGGGAGAGCCCUGGCUGCAGAACAAUGCUGUCAGGGAAGCCUAUCCGGCCUCCCUCGAUAUCGAAGCAUCAGUACAUGGAGAAAGUUUGGACAUGGGCGUGUUUGGAUCUGCGGAUGCCUUGUCUCACGAAGAUGGUCCCCGGAUCGUGGAUAACAUUAUCCAGCAUCUUACAAGCUCGAAAGAAGCAUAG